AUGGGUUCUGAAGGGAGAAGACUCAUUUGCGUCGUCGGUGCUACUGGCAACCAGGGCGGCUCCGUGGCUCGUCGAUUUCUCGCCGCCGGGUUCCGGGUCCGAGGCCUCACUCGCAAUUCGACCUCUCCCGCAGCCAUAGAGCUUGCAUCACAAGGUGCAGAGCUAAUCGAGGCCAACCUCGACGACCCAAGCAGCCUCGAUCAAGCAUUUGCCGGGGCCAACGUCAUCUUCAGCGUCACCGACUACUGGGAGCCCUUCUUCCACCCGCAGUCCCGUAAGGCUGCCGAAGCACAAGGAAUCUCGUACCGUCGAUUUGCGUACGACACAGAGUAUCGCCAUGGCAAGAACAUAGCCGACGCCGCUGCCAAGGUUGCGGGUUCGCUGGACGCAAAUGGCUUUCUCGUUUCCACAUUGAGCCACGCGGGCAAAUGCAGCGGCGGCAAGUUCAAGGAGCUGUAUCAUUUCGACUCCAAGGCCGACAUCUUCCCGGCAUACGUCGAAGAGCAUUAUCCCGAGCUUGCGGCCAAGAUGUCGUGCAUUCAGACGGGCUUUUUCUACACAAGCUUCAACAUACUGCCGCAUUCUUAUUUUGGAAGAUCUACCUUGUGUUCUAACACCAUGUUUAAGCUUCCUGAUGGACGCAUCGAGAUGGCCUUUGCUACGGAUUCCACAAAGACAGUCCCCCAUUUCGCCCCGGUCGACGACAUGGGCCCUUUCACCUAUGCUGUCUGGCAAAUGCCCCCUGGAAAGCAUUACAUGGCCGCGGGUACAAACUGCACCUGGCCCGAGUUUAUCAAGACAUGGAGCAAAGUCUCGGGCGUUCCAGCCACCUACAGACAGAUUUCUCCCGAGGAGAUGAUCAAGGCAGCCGGCGAGCCGCAGCUUGGAGCCGAGGCUACCGACAUGUUCUUGUACAGCUCGCAACCGGGCUAUGACGGCGGCAUGGAUGUAUUGCAGGCAGAGGAUAUCAGAAAGGCUGGGAUUGACUGUCCCAUGACAACUUGGGAGGAGUGGGCAAAGAGACAGGAUUGGGAUGCUGUUCUCGCUCGUUUGCAUGGCACUGCUUAA